UAGGAUCGUUUUCAAACUAAGAGGUGGAGAGGAAGAGACAGAGUGGAUUAUGGAGAAGAAGUAGAUGUUCAGGAGUUGAAGAGUUUUACUGCUGUGUACAGAGCUCCCUAUAGGGACAAAGUGUCUGUGUGGUCCUAUUCCUUUCACAUCACCGGGUUCUCUAUCAGUGAGUGGCCACACUUAGCUCAGGAUGAGCCUUCUUAUGAUAAGUGAGAAUGUUAAGCUAGCUCGUGAAUAUGCCUUAUUGGGGAACUAUGACUCUGCCAUGGUCUACUAUCAAGGUGUUUUGGACCAGAUGAACAAAUAUGUGUACUCUGUUAAAGAUACCUAUUUGCAGCAAAAAUGGCAACAGGUUUGGCAAGAAAUAAAUGUAGAAGCUAAGCAUGUGAAAGACAUCAUGUCCACAUUGGAAAGUUUUAAGCUGGAUAAUUCACCAGUAAAAGCAGCACAUCAUGAUUUGCCAGCUCAAGAUGCAGAGGUCUGGUCCUUGCCAGUACCAGUUGAACGAAGGCCUUCACCCGGUGUCAGGAAAAGACAAUCUGCUCAAUACAAUGACAACAGAGUGCAUAAUAACCGUCUAAGUGCAGCUGCAAAAUGUUCAAAUCCUUCUUCAAAAAAUUCCAAUAAUGCUAGAGUAAAACCUUCCCGAGCAAUUGAAAGAAAGGACCAAUUGAGUAAAAUGAAAGAAGAGAAGAACAAAUCCGCUAAUGUUUCAGAGAGUGAACCUAAGAAAUUUGACGGCACUGGCUACGACAAAGAUCUUGUGGAAAUGUUAGAAAAAGACAUAAUUUCACAGAACCCCAAUGUCCGAUGGGAAGAUAUUGCAGAUUUGGAAGAAGCCAAGAAACUGUUAAAAGAAGCUGUUGUGCUACCAAUGUGGAUGCCAGACUUUUUUAAAGGGAUAAGGCGACCUUGGAAGGGUGUCCUUAUGGUGGGACCGCCGGGUACAGGGAAAACUCUUCUUGCAAAAGCAGUAGCUACAGAAUGCAAGACUACAUUUUUCAACAUUUCUUCAUCAACUCUAACAUCCAAGUACAGAGGAGAAUCUGAGAAACUAGUCCGCUUAUUGUUUGAAAUGGCUAGGUUCUAUGCACCAACAACAAUUUUCAUUGACGAGAUUGACUCCAUAUGCAGUCGCAGAGGUACUUCUGAAGAGCAUGAAGCAAGCAGGAGAGUUAAAUCCGAACUGCUGGUUCAAAUGGAUGGUGUUGGUGGUACAACGGAGAGCGAAGAUCCAUCAAAAAUGGUAAUGGUGCUUGCAGCUACUAAUUUUCCGUGGGAUAUUGAUGAGGCCUUACGGAGGCGCUUGGAGAAACGGAUAUAUAUCCCAUUGCCAUCAGCGAAAGGGAGAGGAGAGCUUUUACGAAUAAAUCUUCGAGAAUUGGAACUUGCAGAUGAUGUUGAUAUUGAGAACAUCGCAGAGAACAUGGAUGGUUAUUCUGGUGCAGAUAUUACAAAUGUUUGCAGAGAUGCAUCCUUAAUGGCAAUGAGGAGACGAAUAGAAGGCUUAACACCUGAACAAAUACGAAAUCUUUCAAAAGAUGACAUGCAUAUGCCUACCACAAUGGAAGAUUUUGAAAUGGCUUUAAAGAAAGUAUCAAAAUCUGUCUCUGCCUUGGACAUAGAAAAAUAUGAAAAAUGGAUUGAAGAGUUUGGAUCUUGUUAGUAUAUUAACCAAUAACUACCAAAAAUUAAGAAAACAAAUUAACUUAUCUGGUUGCUGAUUUAUUUUACUGUGUUGUAGAUAUAUUCAGUCAAGCUUAUAAUAAUGUUGAAUAACAUUUCUGACUAGUGGAUCUUCUCUCUCACACUACGAUAAUCUGGAUAUUUGAGAGAGGCACUUUAUUAAAUUUUUUAUUUUGUUGCCUUUAUCAUCUUUUGUCAUACCCUACUAUUCACUGAACAUAUUAUAUUGGACUCGCUAUACAUAAUGUUCUAUGGCGGUCUAAUGCAUGUAACCUGUAAUGUAAGAGGGUGCUCUGGGAUAUUGGGUGCAUUAGCUCAGUGAAUAAAAGGGUGUGACUGAUGGAAACAAGGACAGCAGCAUUUAAGACAGGUUUUACCUCUGCAUUUUAUUGAAUAUUGGCAGUUUGUGCAAGUGUAUCUACCCAAUGUUAAAAAAUACACUUUAAUAUAUUAACAAGUUGUGUGUGAUUUACAACAUUAAACAUCACAUGAGUUACAUAAUAGAUCAACGUGAUGUAUUGGUUUUUGUAGUUGUAAGACACUAGCUGCUGUAUUUUUUUUUUAAAUAACUUUUGUAAUAACCAUGAUUCUUAAUAAAAUCACAGUCUGUUUUGACU